AUGGCCCUUGGCUCAGAGGAUUCCUCGCUGACGCAGUUUACCACCGGAGAGUACGGGCUGUUUCAACCCCGUGCUAUGAAAUGCCUCGCACGCAUUCUCUUUUGCUCUGGAGCACGGGUGGUGCUGUCAGGUGCAUGGCGCGCGUUGCCUGGAGGCCGGCAGGCAGUCGACCUGGUACUUCGUAGAUGGGGGCUGCUUCCCGUGUAUUCGGUCACACCUGGAGAAGGUGCAGAUAGACGAGUUGAGCAUAUUUGGACUUGGCUAUCAGAGCAUCGCGACAAAGUGGAGGGUUAUGCUGUGGUGGAUGACAUGGAUCUGUCACUGGACUCCACGAGCUUGCAUAGUCAGCCAUCCCUCAUUGCAGCCCACUUCGUGCGAACACCUGGCACUGUAGGACUAUCAUCUGGCCAUGUCUCACGGUUGCUGGCAAAGCUGCAGAAGGAGCCGACCCUGCCAAAGGCCGAGGACUCUACAGGAAUCGCAGCUUUACUGCCUUCUCUUCCGAAGCCUCGAACAGGAGCACCACGGGCAAACACUGCGCACACUUUGCCGGAGGAGGGGCACCAAAAAGAGCGCUCCUGGCGUGCUCGAGCAAGAACUUGCAGGAGGGGUGACGUCUUGGCUGCUCAUUCAUGGGCAACGUUGGCUUUGCAUUUCAAUGUCCAGGGAGUUCGUCUCCUUAGAAGCUUGCUGUUGGCACCAGUUGUACUGGUGAGCUCGGCUAAGCAACAUCUCCGCCAAGGUGCCUUGGCGUCCCAGAACUUGAAAGGAGGUGCAGCUUCAAGCGAUCUGGCCGCCUCUGCUCUGGAGUAA